AUGAAGGAGGAGAGUCUGGCUGACACGGCUGAAAUGCACACUCCCUACUCUUCCCGGAAGAGACUGUUAUCUUUCUUCAAUGGCUUCACGGCGAUAUCUGGUGUGGUCCUCACUGGCCGGGGCAUCCAUGGCAGCUUCAGAGGGGCUGUCCUGACGAGGGUCCUCGCGCUGCCCUCCGCAUACCUCCUUCACGUUGGCUCCCUGUGCCCGGCAAUGAGCUACCUCACGGGGCCGCUUGGCUUUGCCGGGUGGUCUGGAGCAACCAAAGGAAGCAGAGACACUCUCUUGUUUGUUCAAGAAGUGGCCUUGGAGCACGUCUUCGCGACCCUGAGGAAGAAUCUUAAUUACAGUGAGCCAGACGACUGUUCCGCGGAAUGGAACUUGGUCACGGGGACGCUAAAGUGCUGUGGGGCAAGGAACUACACAGGCUUUUCUGAGUCUUCCUUUGAAAUGACUGCUGGUCCCUCGGACCCCAGGGGCUGCAGCCCACAAGGGUGACACCAUCCACCAGGGGGUCACUCAAGAUUUUGUUGGACCUAGAUAGACCUCCC